UUUCGUCUCUGACGCUUGCACCGUGAGUGGGAAAAGCGCCGGUGAUUAAUUACCGCGGUCUGGCGUGUGGCGCUGUUGACUGAAACGUCGGAGAGCUCCGUGAUGAACGGCGUGAUCGCGUGUAUCGGGCUCAUGUGCUAUGACUCUGCACAAACUCCUGCUGCUCUGAUCGAUGGACGCGGGCCAGACAGGGAGGAAGAGUGGGGUGGGUCUCUGUAGUGGAGAGAGAGAGGGAGAGAGAGAGAGAGAGAGAGAGAGAGAUUUACGAAUUGAUAGGUGGUCUCGUUUUGUUUGGCCGCACAGCUCAGAUGCGUGAGAGGGUUUCCUUCUCUUUAAGGAUUCAGUCAUCGCGAUGGCCACCGGGAGACCGAGCAUGAGUCGCUGCCUCGGCGACACGUAGCUGGUGGCGUGGAGGGGAAAAAAAAUCCCAGCUCGAGAGACAGAUUUAUCUAAUUCACUCUCAGAUGCGUAAAACUCUCUGGCUUUCAGCGCGGGACUGAUUUAAAAGUCUAAAUCAGUUUGGAACCCUUUUAUUAUAAUAAUAAUAAUUAUUAUUAUUAUUAUUAUAAUCAUUAGUAGUAUUUUUGCUGUUGAGAAGAGCGCAGGGAUGACGACCGAAACCGCGCAGCAGCAGCUGGACCCGCCGCCUUCUCUGCGCUCGAGCCCGGUGCACACUUCGCUCCAGAGCUCGCGCACGGUUCUGGAGAGCACCAGCGGCACAAACGCUUCCAAAAGCAAAAAGUCCAACUCAGGCAUGAGGCGCCCCGAGAAGCCACCCUACUCCUACAUCGCCCUCAUCGUGAUGGCCAUCCAGAGCUCUCCGACCAAGCGGCUGACUCUAAGCGAGAUCUACCAGUUCCUGCAGGCCCGUUUCCCGUUUUUCCGUGGCUCGUAUCAAGGCUGGAAAAACUCUGUGAGGCACAACUUAUCUCUCAACGAGUGUUUCAUCAAGCUGCCCAAGGGCCUCGGGCGGCCCGGUAAGGGUCACUACUGGACCAUCGACCCUGGGAGCGAGUUCAUGUUCGAAGAGGGAUCGUUUCGGAGGCGCCCACGCGGUUUCCGUAGAAAGUGCCAAACUCUGAAACCCAUGUACCGUAUGAUGAACGGGCUCGGCUUCGGCGCCUCCGUGCUGCCGCAGAACUUCGACUUCCAGCCGCCACCGGCGCCGCUCGCGUGCCAUGCGGGCAGCUACAACCUGGACGCGAUGACCAGCGGCGCGUAUGACGGACUCGGCGCCGCCGCUCAUCACGUACCGAGUCCGAGCUCAGCGUACAUGUCCCCGGCGUGCCAGGUCACCUCGACCGGCGGCGACUACGCGCACGACAAUAACGGCAACAGCACCGGAAGCGGCAGCAGUCCGCUUCAUUCACCGCCGGCCAUGAGUGGACCUCUGGAGUGUCCUUCGCCGUACACCGCCGCCGCCACCGCGCACUGGCCUUCAUCCGCCGUGUCGCCCUACAUCAAGCAGUCUCCACUGGCUGCAGGCAGCCCCACAUCCUCCUCAUCCUCCGCUUUACACUCGGGUGUGGCACCAUACGCCCUCGAACAGAGCUACCUGCACCACGGAGCCAGAGACGCAGCAGAUCUCUCAGUGGGAAUCCCUCGGUAUCAGUCUCACUCUUCUCCAGUGUGCGACAGGAAAGACUUUUUGUUGAACUUUAACGGCAUCGCCUCAUUUCACCCGAGUGCUGGAGGAUCUUACUACCAUCAUCACCACCACCAUCAUCAUCAUCAACUACACCACCAAGGAAUCUGCCAAGACAUCAAGCCGUGUGUAAUGUAGACCAGAUCAGGACAGAGGCGCACAAAGACACACCAGAGAAGGAGAAAGUGGAGCCUAAGAUGUAUGUAUAUGUAUAGGUCCAAUUUCCAAAGUCCCAGAAAUAGUGUUGAAGAUGCAACGAUUGUGAGUGGACUUAUGAAAUGUAAAUUAUGCAGAACAACCCAGUGGGAAGGAAACAAUAAUAGGCUCGUUUGGAUUUCCAUAAACCUAUACAGUGUUACAGCUACAGCUAUACAGUGUUGACUUGACUCACACACACACGCGCGCGCACACACACACACACACACACACACACACACACACACACAAACGCACA